AUGUGUCAUACAUUCCGGAAGAAGCCCUUUUGCUUUAGUGCCGGGGUGGUGAUUUCCGCCUUGACGAAGAAAGUUGUGCAGAGGAGGGCUACUGGUUUCAGGAUUCGUAAAAAUGGACAGCCAGGGAAGAAAAGUAGUCGUUUGCGACAAUGGAACCGGGUUUGUCAAGUGCGGCUAUGCAGGCUCCAACUUCCCAGAGCACAUAUUCCCUGCGUUGGUUGGCAGGCCAAUCAUUCGCUCCACAGCCAAAGUGGGAAACAUUGAAAUCAAGGACCUGAUGGUAGGGGAUGAGGCCAGCGAACUGCGCUCCAUGCUGGAGGUGAACUACCCCAUGGAGAACGGCAUCGUCAGGAACUGGGAUGACAUGAAACACCUGUGGGACUACACCUUUGGCCCCGAGAAGCUCAACAUCGACUCACGCAACUGCAAGAUCUUGCUCACCGAGCCACCGAUGAACCCCACCAAGAACCGGGAGAAAAUUAUCGAGGUGAUGUUUGAAACGUACCAGUUCUCAGGAGUUUACAUUGCCAUCCAGGCUGUGCUCACGCUCUACGCUCAAGGUCUGUUGACUGGUGUGGUGGUGGACUCCGGGGAUGGCGUCACCCACAUCUGCCCCGUGUAUGAAGGGUUCUCGCUGCCCCACUUGACCAGACGCCUGGACAUCGCAGGAAGGGACAUCACACGCUACCUCAUCAAGUUGCUGUUGUUGAGGGGCUACGCCUUCAACCAUUCGGCCGACUUUGAAACGGUGAGGAUGAUGAAGGAGAAGCUGUGCUACGUGGGCUAUAACAUCGAGCAGGAGCAGAAGCUGGCCCUGGAGACCACCGUGCUGGUGGAGUCCUACACGCUCCCCGAUGGCAGGCUGAUAAAGGUCGGAGGUGAGAGGUUUGAGGCCCCCGAGGCUCUGUUCCAGCCCCACCUCAUCAACGUGGAGGGCGUAGGAGUGGCCGAGCUGCUCUUCAACACCAUCCAGGCGGCCGAUAUCGACACCAGGUCUGAGUUCUACAAACACAUCGUUCUGUCCGGUGGCUCCACCAUGUAUCCCGGCCUGCCCUCUCGACUGGAGCGCGAGCUCAAACAGCUGUACCUGGAGCGCGUGCUGAAGGGAGACGUCGAUAAGCUCUCGAAAUUCAAGAUCCGGAUUGAGGACCCCCCUCGGCGCAAGCACAUGGUGUUCCUGGGCGGGGCUGUGCUGGCCGACAUCAUGAAAGACAAGGACAACUUCUGGCUGACGCGAGAAGAGUACCAGGAGAAGGGGAUGCGCGUGCUGGAGAAGUUGGGAGUCACCGUCAGAUAAAGCGCCCCCUCCAGAGGUGGCUCAGCCCCCGCCUCUCCUUCCUCCACCUCCACCUGACAUCCACUGGUCACUCCCUUCCCUUCCUCUCCACAGCCACUCGCCACCUUUUUCCUAGUUUCACUCAGCCUCUUUUCAUGGCCGUUCAGUGAGGGAGGUGUGUGUGUGUGUGGAGGGGGGGGGGGGCGGGUUGUUUGGGUUGAAAGGUGGGGUUGGGUGGAGGGCUGCGGGGUGGGGGGGGGGGUGGUUCGGGGUUGAGUGCCAACAACUCGCCUGGGAAUAGUUUUAAUCGCCUGCCUAUUUUAUUGAGUCAAACAGUGAUCCCAGGAGUUAUUACUGUUCAAUUUAUAAAGGGUAUCAAAUGCCCUGUGUUGUUGGGAAUUUAGGAUUUACGGGCCCUUGUCGAGGCAGUUCCGCCCCAUUUUGUAAAUCUUCCCUUACACCUAUAUUUGUCCUUUUUUUGUUUUGUUUUUCAGGAUGUUUGCUUACUCCUCUUGAUGCUCCUUUAUUUGACGGGUACUCUUUUUCCCCCAAAAUUUGAUCUGAUCGAUCCAACAUCGAUCGGGGGACUAAAGUUUGAAGUAAUGCUUUAUGAAGGUUGUGAGGAGGUCAUGAGAGGUCAGUGUUGGGGUCUCUCUGAUCACCUUCACCUCUAUAUCCGGUUAUGAAAUCCAGUCAGCCACCAUGGAUCAACACAGAGCUUGAUGAAGAAGGAAAAAAUAAAUAAAAAUAAGUUUCCAUUCCCUCACGAUAUAAAAGGCAUUUCAUUCCAUUGAUGGCAUAAUCUGUCAUGUUAGAUUCCAGCAGGGGACUGGUCAUCUUUUCUUUUAAGUUUUGUUCACAUACUUUGCCGACUCGCUUUCUGUUUUUGGAGGAUAUGUGUUGCCUUCUUUCUGUUGGACUGUAUUGUUUGUAUGUUAUUUUUUAUUUUUUUGCAGUGCAUUAUUCCCCAUUGCUCUCUCAAUUAGAGUGAGGAUGGGUUGCAUAAAGGACACCGUGAUGGUUAUUGGAAAAACAAGUCGUAGUGUUUGAAGGUUUAGGUUACUUUCUGCCCUUAAUGACUGAUCUAGAUGCAGAUCUUCUCUAUCAUAUCCACAUCCUUAACAAUUGAGGGAAAACAAAACCACGUCUCAGAUCAGUUGCUAAGAGCAAAAGGAAACCAUAUCCGGUUUUUAAAAGGAAGUCAUUAUUCUGAGACCAACAGGAACUCUUCUAUGGUCUCAGGCACUAUUGAAGGUUUAAUUUGUGGGUCUUGGGUAAAAAUGGGAAAGGGGGUUUGUUGUGGGGUAUUGAAAUAUUUGUAAUAAUAAGAAUUUGGUGUCAGUAGACAUGAAGACCGCGUAAAAGCUGGUAUUUACGUUUUUUCGUAUUGGUUCUCAUAUGUAUAUCGGCCGCACUUCAUACACAAUAUAUAUGUCUACAUUUCUCUCAGCAAAACGGUCAUCCAGUGCUAAGUGCAGUUAUUGUAGCUGGAUCCUAUUUUGGUUGUUUCCUUUUGUUUUUGAUUUUAUUUUUGUUUCUGUUCAUACUGUAACUGCCUACCGCUGAUUUAAAUAAAGCAAAGUGAUUUAUAAGUA